AUGGCGGCGGUGAGGCGAGGAAGGACGUCGGUUGUUUUGUCGUCUGUCUCCUUACAGAUUCUUUUCUAUUUAAAUGGAGUGUAUUAUAUAUUUUAUUUCUUGGCAACCCUAUUGAUGAUUAUUUAUAAAAGCCAAGUUUUCAGUUAUCCAAAUAAUUUCUUGGCUCUUGAUCUUCUAUUGCUGUUCCUUAUGGCCAUUUUAGAAUCAGUCCGACUAUACCUUGGUACUAAAGGGAACCUGACGGAAGAAGAAGCUCCCCUGGGGGUCAGUCUUGUUAUAUCUGUUGGCAGUGUAAUUCUGUCUGUCUACUUUUUGGUGUGGCAGACUUAUGUCCUAAGAGCAGAUGUCAUUAUUAAUGCCGUGCUGCUUGUUACAUACGGGCUUGAAGGAAUUCUACAGAUCAUCGCUAUUGCAGCAUUCGUCCGCUAAAUC